UUUUUCCUAUAAAUAGUUUGUAUCUUCACCUCCGACGCUUCACUCUCAUAUUCGCUUCUCGAUUCUUCUCUCUGCUAAAUAUUUCACCAACAACUUCCACCCAUGGCUGUUGAGAUCUGCGUCAAGGCCGCUACUGGCGCUCCUGACAUUCUCGGAGACUGCCCGUUUUGCCAGAGGGUUACGAUGACUUUGGAGGAGAAGCGAGUCGAGUACAAGCAGCAAUUGAUCAAUUUGGCCGCUAAGCCCCAGUGGUUUCUGGAAGUGAACCCGGAAGGGAAGGUGCCGCUCAUAAAGUUCGAUGAUGGCAAGUGGAUUGCUGAUUCGGAUGUAAUCGUUGGUAUUUUGGAGGAGAAGUUCCCGAAUCCCUCUCUCGCUGCUCCUCCUGAAGUCUCCUCAGUGGGCUCCAAGAUACUUCCUUGCUUUUUCAAAUUCCUAAUGAGCAAGGAUGCCAGUGAUGGAACAGAACAAGCUCUGCUCGAUGAAUUGAAGGCUCUGGAUGAGCACCUGAAAACUAAGGGACCGUAUGUCAAUGGAGCAGACAUUUGUGCUGUUGAUAUGAGUUUGGCACCUAAGCUUUACCAUGUUGAUGUGGCACUUGGCCAUUUCAAGGGUUGGACUAUUCCCCAAAGCUUGACUCAUGUGUAUAAGUACAAGGAGCUGCUCUAUUCUCGGGAGUCCUUCAAGAAGACUCAGGCUGCAAAAGAACAUGUCAUUGCAGGCUGGGCGACAAAAGUUAAUGCAUGAGCAUGUCUCUGAAUCUACACUCUACAUCAUAAAAUCUGUGCUAUUGCUCCCUUGACCACUUUGUUGUAUAAAUUAUGCAGGUAUCUUAGAAUAUUUCUUCCGAACAAUAAUGCUAGAUUAUGUUGUUAGAGACGAUCAUGUAUAUGGAUCUGUUGAGGGCUUUGCUUAUCAUGUACUUAUGCACUAUGAUGUUUGUGGUUGAAAUAAGACACUAUUUGUCUAA